CAAUUCCCAGCGGACCGCCUUCCCUAGUGCGCAGUCCCAGGUAGCCGGCGGCUCGCUCGCGCGCAGGAGCACACGCGUUGGGCGGUGGCGGGAUUUGGCCGCGUGCAUCUUCCUGCCGCUGCCCGCCCAGCGCCCGCCGCGAGUAGCGCGGUCCGUCCGGCCUCGCAGACCCGCCCUGUGUUCGUUCCCUCGAAGCUCUGCGAGCCCCACCUCCUACCCAGUUUCUUCUAGAGCCCAGGCCCCGCCCGUUUCCCACCUCCUGGGCCCGGUUCGUUCACGACUCAGCCCAUCCCUCUCUGCGCCCCUGCUGCUUCUGCUGAAGGCGGAGGCUCCAUGUUGUCCCCUCAGCGAGCGGUAGCGGCUGCCUCGGGAGGAGCAGGUGAUGCCAUGGAGAGUGGAAAGCCUGGCCCAGUGCAGGUUGUUUUGGUUCAGAAAGACCAGCAUUCCUUUGAGUUAGAAGAGAAAGCCUUGGCCAGCAUUCUCUUGCAGGACCACAUCCGAGACCUUGAUGUGGUGGUGGUGUCGGUGGCUGGUGCCUUCCGAAAGGGCAAGUCCUUCUUCCUGGACUUCAUGCUACGAUACUUAUAUUUCCAGAAGGAAGGUGGCCAUUCAAAUUGGUUGGGUGACUCAGAAGAACCGUUAACAGGGUUUUCAUGGAGAGGGGGCUCUGACCCAGAAACAACGGGGAUUCAGAUCUGGAGUGAAGUUUUCACUGUGGAGAAGCCAGGUGGGAAGAAGGUUGCAGUUGUUCUGAUGGAUACCCAGGGGGCAUUUGACAGCCAGUCCACUGUGAAAGAUUGUGCCACUAUCUUCGCUCUCAGCACCAUGACUAGUUCUGUCCAGAUUUAUAAUUUGUCCCAGAACAUUCAGGAAGAUGAUCUUCAACAGUUACAGCUCUUCACAGAAUAUGGUCGUCUGGCAAUGGAUGAAAUUUUCCAAAAACCCUUCCAGACACUGAUGUUUUUGGUUCGAGACUGGAGUUUCCCUUAUGAAUACAGCUAUGGACUACAGGGAGGAAUGUCCUUUUUGGAUAAGCGUCUACAGGUAAAAGAACAUCAACACGAGGAAAUUCAGAAUGUCCGAAACCACAUUCACUCCUGCUUCUCCAACGUCACCUGUUUUCUCCUACCACACCCAGGACUCCAGGUGGCCACAAGCCCUGACUUUGAUGGGAAAUUGAAAGAUAUUGCCGGUGAAUUCAAAGAGCAGUUACAGACCCUGAUUCCAUUUGUGUUAAACCCAGCUAAUUUAAUGGAAAAGGAGAUCAAUGGCUCAAAAGUCACCUGUCGGGGGCUACUGGAGUAUUUUAAGGCAUAUAUUAAAAUUUACCAAGGAGAAGAUCUGCCUCAUCCCAAAUCCAUGCUUCAGGCCACCGCUGAAGCCAACAAUUUAGCAGCUGCAGCCUCCGCCAAAGACAUUUAUUACAAUAACAUGGAAGAGGUUUGUGGGGGAGAGAAACCUUAUUUGUCUCCAGACAUUCUGGAGGAGAAGCACUGUGAAUUCAAGCAGCUUGCUCUGGACCAUUUUAGGAAGACCAAGAAGAUGGGUGGGAAGGAUUUUAGCCUUCGUUACCAGCAGGAGCUGGAGGAGGAGAUCAGGUUGCUCUAUGAGAACUUCUGCAAACACAACGGCAGCAAGAAUGUCUUUAGCACCUUCCGAACCCCUGCGGUGCUUUUCACGGGCAUCGUGAUUUUGUACAUAGCCUCAGGCCUCACUGGCUUUGUUGGUCUUGAGAUUGUGGCCCAGUUGUUCAACUGUAUGGUUGGACUGCUGUUAAUAGCACUUCUUACUUGGGGAUACAUCAGGUAUUCUGGUCAAUACCGUGAGCUGGGCGGAGCAAUUGAUUCUGGUGCAGCAUAUGUACUAGAGCAGGCUACUUCUCAUAUGGGUAAUUCCACUCAGUCCGCUGUGAGGGAUGCAAUUGGGAGGCCACUUGUGGAUAAAAAAGCUCAAUAGCAUCUUGACGAGAGGAGCCAACGAGAACGCGACCAGCCCCUCCUGAUUUCUGGGUUUCUGCCACGGCCACAGGUCCAGGUCCAGAGGAACGCAGAUUUGGGAUCACCGGGGAAGAGCUGAAACUCAGCAGUAAUAAAUUCAUAGACAGACCUUUCCCAUGGCUUCAGAUUCUUAAACAUACUUCCAUUUCUGUUGGAAGCGUUUUUUUCCUUGCUGAUAUAGAUCACGCCUGCGUCUAUUUUCUUAUUACUCUCUGCUUUGUGCACUUUAUGGGGGAGAAAGCUAAAGGAAAAACUGCAGAUGUGGUUUUAAAUCCUGUAUGUGCCACUUAGUGCCUUUUAAGAUUGAAUCCAGGCUUUUGAGGACAUGAUAGGGAGGGAAUCAAGAAUAACCUCAUGAAAGAUGCUGUUUUGUGGUGAAACCUAUCUGUUCUUCUAUACCUUACUAUUUUAAAAUGUUUACAAAACUUGCAAAAGCUUCAGAACAAAAGACUGAAAAGGAUGCCAUUACACUUUUAAAAUCUUAUAAUGUUAAAGAAUCCUGCUUGCCACAUAGUGUGGAAAAUCCAUAUCCUGUUUAAAUCCACCAUACACUGAAAUUUAUGGUCUUUUACUGACAGGCUGACAGUUUUGUUGGAGCAUACUCUUACUUUAUUUUUGCCUUCAUUCCUCUAGCUUCUUUUUAGAAAAGAGGCAAACAUGCCUUGAAGAGCCAGAGUGGCUCAUAAUGAAAGGAGUGAGCUCGAUAUUUUAAACAAAAAAGCUUGAGUUUAAAUGAACCAUGUGACCUCUGAUAAGUCACUUGAACUUGUGCCUUGCUCAGAUUCACUGUUUGCAGGUUUAUAUACACAUCUGUAUUAUAUAUAACUCACGGUUGUCAUUUAGAGGUCUUGUUUUCAAGAGUUCUACUGAAGAACAGAACUUUAUUAAGGAUUAGAGGAAAGACAUUACCAAACACUACUGCCUUUAGUUGUCCUGUUUCAUGUGGCCUAGCAGUAAAUCAGGUCUUUAUCCAAAACAUUUACUUGCGUUUUCCUAGGCACUGUCUAGUAUUUUUAAUAAUAAAGCUAAAAUUGUCAGUUUUGUUUAGCGAAUCUUCCUUUCUUUAACCUCACUUGACUAGUCUGGUAGCUUUAAAAUAGCUUUGGCUUAGUGAGGACCGGAGUCCCACCCAAAUAUGGACAGUAUCUAGAAGUAUCUAAGAAAUCUUUUUUAUUUACCUUGAUUGGGUGGUAAAAAUUUCUCUAUGAGUUGCCUUUUCCUUUGAUUUAUAAUAUAAUGGUGAAUUAUUGUGGAUUUUUAAACUUCAUAAAACUUGCCUUUAAGUAUUUAUAAAAACAUUCAGGUAUGAGAGCCUUAAUUAAGAUAGUUUUUGUUGUGGGAGGGAGAUAGGAAGGCUUAGGCGAAACCCAAGUGUAGAUUCUAUAUACGUGAAGAAGUCUGAACGGAAGGCAGAAGAAAGAAGCAUGUAAUCUCUUUAUUAAAGAAUUUUCUUUUUACUACAUUAACACUUCACCACUGAAGUAUUUUUAUGAGUCUGAAUUAAUUCCAAGCAUUUUAUAUUUUUUUCCUGUCUACAUACCAUCUUGCCCCUAAGUUCUUGCUAGUUUAUUCAAUUGCCAUUAAAUUUUAGGAAAAUUCCAGCUUGUUCUAAAAACUGUUUAUUUGCCUAUCAGUGCUGCUUAGUGUUGACUGUUAAAUUGAAAGCUUCUCUUUGAAAUUUUGGUGCAUUUUCAGGUAGCCUCUCAUCUUCCUGAAGGUUCAUACUUGUUCGCUAAAGGCCUUGCAGGUGUUGAGAUUCUUGGCUUUUAAUGCACUGUAGAGGCACAUUUAUAGAUUUCAGAAUAAUUGUCUAGAGUGAUGCUUUUAAUGGUGAGAAAAGGAUGAUGUGUCUAAAACUUAUUUUAAUACUGAAGUAUUAGAAUUUUUAAAGUAAAACAGUAUGUGAUAAUGUAUGACGAAGUGAAAUCUUAAGAUUUAGUUACUGUUCAGAUUCACCAUUUCUGUUUUGAUCUUAAAUAAUUUGGUUUAAUUCCCUGGGGAAGCCUUAUUAUUUUUGUCUUUAUUAGUUAAUUUAUUCUGGCUCUGGGAAGUAUUGAUAAAGUUUUCUCAGUGAAGAUCCUUAAUGAGUUUUCUUUGGUUUCUUUUCUCUAUUUUUACAGUAAAUUGGUGGUUUUAUAUCAUCUUUUUCAAUAAAAGGUGCAUCCUCACUGCUGGCUUUAAAUAAUCCGGGGAGAUUUAUAACCAGGUUGAAAAGAAUGUCUUGUACGUCUUAACUUCCCUCAGCCUUUAGUCUGUGGGUCAGAGACAUUGCUUAGGUGUUCACACUGCAAGUGUUUGUGUGGUGUGUGUAGCUCCGCAACUCCUGACCAGCCUUUUCACACAAACAUUUAUGGUUUGCACAUUUCUAACGGUUAUAUGGGGCGUAGUCCUAGUAACGUGGAAAAGGAGGUUUUCAGAAUUUCUAUGAAAAGUAUUCAUUUCAGAAAAAAAAAAUUUAAAAAUCCAAUUAGCUUUUUAUAGUAAAAAUAAUAGAAUCAAAAUUUCAAUUCUUUCUAGAUUGGUUUGUAGAUACAAUGGGGGUGAAUGAUCAUGUAUGAUGAUCAACAUCUUCAGAGCCAUGCCCUAUUUUAGCAAUAUACCAAGAAGUCUGUUCCGUGGAGGUUUAUGUGUUAACACCUUCUUUGUACUUGGUAGAAUUGCCUAUGAAUAUUGUUUUGCUUUAUCUGCUCUUUCUUUUUUCUCUUAACAUGAAGUGAAAGGCUUUAGACACAUAAACAAACUGCCUUGUUACUGGCAGGGUGUUCCCUUAGCAGGUCAUAGCCAGUGUUUUACCUACCUUAUAAAAGUAGUGUCUUGGGUAGGGUGAGUUUGGAUGGGUAUUUAUGUAUUAUGGAUGAGUUACAGAUAAGUAGGUUGACCUAAGCCCAGGCAAAAGUGAUAAAAAAACAAAACUAAAUAGUUUUAUUUUUCCCUAGAGUUUUUUUUCUUUUUAAAAAUAAUUUAUAUGGGAAGUCUUCAUAGGCCUUUUUCCCCCCUCAUAGAACUAUUGAAAUGUAAUUUAGGAUGAUUUUAGGAUGGCUACCAUCCAAGGUAGCCAGUGUGGGCUACAUCUUUCUGGCUUACAUUUAGACCUGACAAAAUUUUAGUCAAGGAAUAGGGCAUAAUGAAGACAAGCUUCAGUCAUGAAAGUACAAACUAUUUGUGAUUUUUUAAAAUGACAAUGACCAUUUGCUGCGAUAGGAUAGUUUUCCUUAUGUCCUGUUGUAGUUAUGUUUUGGGUAGUCGCUGUCAUCUAUGUUAGAGUGCCCAAGACGUACUUGGGAGGCUUGUUUAAAACCAUUCUGAUUCCUAGCUUUAUGUUAGGGAUUGCCUCAGUGGGUCUGGGUUGUGGCCCUGGAAUCACCCCUUCGAUAGUACUGCAGGUGGCUCAGAGACCAGUGAGAGAGAUGCUCCGUGGGUUGGGAAGGUGCAAUCAGUAUUGUUUGGAGCCGAGGGGAUGGACAGCUUCUACCUGCGCUCAGAAUAGGUGCUCUGCUUCCAGGACUAUGACUGAGGGUUCACCGUGUUCUGAGUAAUAAGGGCGAUGUCUUUCAUCUACGUUAAAGCUGUUUUUCUAAAUUAAGGUAUCAUAGUGCCUUCUCUGAAAAGUGAAUGUACAAGUGUCCUGUUUACUAACAGGUGUAAUUAGGAUUAAAAAAAAAAACCACUUUUUGAAAGUAGUUUUUCUUUAAAAAAAAAAAAAAGCAAAAUUCAGCACUGUGACUUGAACCCCUCAUCUUUCGUGCACAGAAAACCUUAAGCCAUAAAUAAAAAUAAUAAAAAGGAAGGAGAAGAUAAUUUUGAAAAUUAGUUACAGAAGUACCCCUAUGACAGGAACUUUUCAAAACAGAUCUAGGAGCAGAAAGAUUUCAAAAGAAAAUGUUCUUCCUUGGAAGGAGUUUUCAUGUGCCAGAACUAAAAUUUAAAUGUAGUGCUCUUCUGACCAAGGAAAGAUUACAUUUGAUUGCUGAAGCUUUCUAAUUUAGAUGGCUAAAUGCUACCAUGGACUUAAGCCUUAAAGGGGUUCGUAUUAAUCCUGAGCAUGUACAAGUUUUCUUUUUCUUUUCUUUAAAAAAUGAUUUGUUGAAAAUACUUUCUCCUAGACCCUUGCCUUUGAACGGCUUUAAAAUUUAAUACACUUUUUAAAAAGUGCAAUGGGAUGAGAUUAUGCUAUUAGUUUAUUAAAAGCACGUUUUCUGUUUCUUAAUUGUAAGGUCAUUUAAUUGAAUAAAGAUCAUAGCACCAUU